AUGUAUUACAUCGGUACUUUAGCUAACGGUGAAAAGUUUACGUCUUCUCGUGAUCGUAACGAGCCUUUUCAAUGCACCAUCGGUGUUGGCCAGGUCAUCCGUGGUUGGGAUGAAGCUGUCCCGAAAUUGUCUAUUGGUCAACGUGCCAAACUUACUUGUACUCCCGAUUACGCCUAUGGGCCCGGUGGUAUCCCUGGUCUCAUUCCUCCCAACGCAACUCUUCUCAUUGACGUCGAGCUUCUCAAAAUCAACUAA